CAGAAAAAACAGUCAAAAUGCAGGCAGGGCACAGGACAAAGCAGUAGGGGAAAAAAUGUAUGUGAAAUGAAAAUUAGUUUCUAAAAUGUUUAAAUUUGCCGCCGAUUCCAGCCCCUGUAUGUCCCGACGCUCGCAGGGACCGGAACACGGAAGCCGGCAUCGGCCGGAUGAGAUGGCCAGUGACACUGCAGGGGACACAUCGUGGGAGCGAAGGACAAGGUAAGCGCUGCAGGGAAUCCCUGAGCAACACUGCAUGGUAAGCCCGAGUGUAGCUCGGGGUUACCGCUUUUGGUACUGAAAU